UCUUUUGACCCAGUCCUCUCCUCAUAAACAGUAGAAGGUGUUACCAGCCUGAGGCUCAUCAGAGAAGAAGGAAUGGCAGUCAGGUGCCUGCCAACCGUGGUCCAGGAAUCAGUGACCUUCAAGGAUGUGGCCGUGCUUUUCACCCAGGAUGAAUGGGCGCAGCUGAGCCCUGCUCAAAGGGCCCUGUACAGGGAUGUAAUGCUGGAGAACUACAGCAACCUGGUGUCCCUGGGACUCUUAGGACCCAAGCCAGAUACGUUUUCCCAGCUGGGAAAAGGGGAAGAAUGGAUGCCGGAGGACUCCUUGGGAGGCUUCUGUCUUGACUGGAUGACUACACCUGUGAGUAAGAAAUCAACUUUCAAGGCAGAUAUUCCUGAAGGAGAAUUGGGUCACUGGAUGAUAAAGGAAAGAUUCACUAGAGAUAGUCACUGGAAAUAUGAUACACUGUUGGAAUGGCAGCAUGGAAGCCAGGAGAUAAAGUUGCAGCAAGUGAUGCUUGCUCACGAGAAAACUUCAUCUGUGGUUGGUGACCAGAAAUGUGAUGAAUCUGGAAAGCACUGCACCAUGAGCUCAUCCUUUGUUGAGAGUCAAGGAUUUCAGUCUAGCAAAAAUGCCUUUGAGUGUAGUGAGUGUGGAAAAGUCUUCACUAAGAGUUCAACCCUCAAUAAACAUCAGAAGAUUCAUACUGAAAAACUUAAUGCAAAUCGGAAAAUUCUUAUUAAAGAGAAACGAUAUGAAUGUAGAGAAUGUGGGAAAGCCUUUCACCAGAGCACACACCUCAUCCAUCACCAAAGAAUUCACACUGGUGAGAAGCCGUAUGAAUGUAAGGAAUGUGGCAAGGCCUUCUCAGUGAGCUCCUCACUUACCUAUCAUCAGAAAAUUCAUACUGGAGAGAAGCCUUUUGAAUGCAACUUAUGUGGAAAAGCUUUUAUCCGAAACAUACACCUUGCCCACCAUCAUAGAAUACAUACUGGAGAGAAACCUUUUAAAUGUAACAUAUGUGACAAAGCCUUUGUGUGCAGGGCACAUCUUACCAAACACCAGAAUAUUCAUAGUGGAGAGAAACCCUAUAAAUGUAAUGAAUGUGGGAAGGCCUUCAAUCAGAGUACAAGUUUUCUUCAGCAUCAGAGAAUUCACACUGGGGAGAAGCCUUUUGAAUGUAAUGAAUGUGGGAAGGCUUUCAGGGUGAACUCUUCCCUCACUGAACAUCAAAGAAUUCAUACUGGAGAGAAACCUUAUAAGUGUAAUGAAUGUGGGAAAGCUUUCAGGGAUAAUUCAUCCUUUGCUCGACAUCGGAAAAUUCAUACUGGAGAGAAACCUUACAGAUGUGGUUUGUGUGAGAAAGCCUUCAGGGACCAAUCAGCCCUAGCCCAGCAUCAGAGAAUUCAUACUGGGGAGAAACCUUAUGCGUGUAAUAUAUGUGAGAAAGCAUUCAGUGACCAUUCAGCCCUCACUCAACAUAAGAGAAUUCAUACUAGAGAAAAACCUUAUAAAUGUAAAACCUGUGGGAAAGCCUUUAUCCGAAGUACACACCUGACUCAACAUCAGAGGAUUCACACAGGAGAGAAACCCUAUAAAUGUAAUAAAUGUGGGAAAGCUUUCAACCAGACUGCAAACCUCAUUCAGCAUCAGAGACAUCAUAUUGGAGAAAAGUGAUAUGGAAGAGCUUUGAGACUAAGUGUAUUAAUUAUUGAAUGCAAGAGAAUUUCCAUUCUACAGAAUAACCAUGAAAGCUUACAUGAAGAUAGUCAUUUUAUUUACUGAGAGUCAAGGUUCACAGUAGUGUGGGUUUUGAGAACUUAAUGGCAAACACUCCUCAUAGUUCAGAACUGCCUCAGUUGAAUAGUCUGAAUUAGUCUGAAUUACCAAGUAUCAGAACGAAAAUGGACCUUCAUUAACAACAUAGAAAUUAGUUGACCAUUAAGAGAAAUUAUAAAAUUGUAAAAAUUGAGAAGCACAGGAACAAAAAACUAAGAAAAUGGUCUAUAAGCAUUUUACUGUACUUGAUUCUCUUAUAUAGGAGGGUUUCUACCUUUAAUGGAACCCUUUGUUUUCCUCACCCCCACUGCUUACACCCAGUGUAAAGAAAGUGCAGUCACCUGUGCAUUGGCCCAGGACUUAAAUUAUGCUUCCCACCUUCUGCUUCAAACCACCUUUUGUCAGAUUUCCCUGGUUUGUGUGUCCGUUGGCUUCUUACCUGUAUUCUUCUCCUGGGACAAUUCAUUUGAACCGUGUGUUGCUUUUUUUUUUUUUUUUAAAGAUUUAUUUAUUUGAUUGAUUGAU